CCCUUACCAUAUCAGAAAAGAAGUAAAAUGCACAAUGAGCCUUUAUUUCGGAGGAGAAGACUUCAAAAUACGUGUCAGUAAUGGACAAUUUGAGCUUUUCACUGGAGAUACACCGCAAGCUGGAAAGGGAUUAAAAAGCCCCACGUGGUUUAUCUGGGUUUAGACUUGCAACCUCUAGUUCCCAAUGUGUGUUCUUUGCAAAGAUUGGCCUCUAGAUGGAUGCGUGCAAGGGACUCUCUGGGGCCGGGGCUCGGCGCCUCGGGCAGGGCUGAUGGUGGGAGCGCUAUGAGCGACCGGACAGGGUCCUCACUGGGGGCUUCCUCUGCCGGCCGGGGCGGCCGGGCGCCUCCGGGACGCGAGCGCGCACGCCUCAGCCCGGCCGCCGCGCUCCUCGCACCGCCUUCUCCGCAGGUCUUUAUUCAUCUCAUCUGCCUCUUCCCCUUCUCCUCCUCCUUUGCCUCCUUCUCCUCCUCUUCCUCCUCCUCCUCCACCACCACCUCGUCCUCCGCCACCGCCUCCUCUUGCGUCUCACUGGCCUGGCUCUGUGUUGCUCUGAGUGACAAAGACAAUGUCCCAGCCUUAACUUUGCAACCACCUUGCCUCCUUCUGGGGAUCAGCGGGGGGGGGGGGGGGGGCGGCGGGCGGGGGGGAGGGGGGACAGCAGCCGCAGCCUCAGCAUCUCCUCCACCUUCUCCUGUUCUUCUCAGCUCUUGGAUAAUUCUUCCUUUUCCCCCCCUCCAGCCCUUUCCUCAUUUCUUUCUUUCUUUCUUUCUUUUUUCUUUCUCUCUCCUGCGCGUUGUUGUUGUUAUUAGAAAGGCUUCGCGCACCCCCUGGUGCUCCGGCGUUUUGUGUGGCAGGAGAAGAUUGUCUGCCUUCUCUCUUUCUGUCUUGCUUUCUCUCUCCCUCUGGUUGCUCAUUAUUCAGAGAGAGACACAGAGGGAGGGAGAGGGAGAGAGAGAGAGAGCGCGCGAGGGAAAGGGAGAGGAGAGAGAAGAGGAGAGAGAGAGAGGGAGAGAGUGAGAGGGAGGGAGGGAGGGAGAGAGAGGGAGAGGGAGAGAGAGACGGAUAUCUCAGGUCAUCUGCAGCUGCAGCGAGUCUGAAGAGCCGAGGAAGGCAGGGAAGAUGGCGAUCCUCCAUUGCUGAGACCCGGCAGAAGCACAUGAGACUCCCAAACAACUUCCACAACAAUAACCCGAGCAGGAAGAGGAGAAAGAGAAAAAGGAUAAGGAGGCGGUGGGGCUGGAGAACCCGAAACACCUCCCGGCGCCGGGACGCUUCUUCAGCUCCUAAUGUGAGAGAGUAGACCCAGAUGAUGGAGGUGCUUCAGUGCGAUGGCUGUGACUUCAGAGCCCCGUCUUACGAAGAUCUCAAGGCGCAUAUCCAGGAUGUCCACACGGCAUUUCUGCAGCCGACGGACGUUGCCGAAGACGAUGUGAAUGAGCCACGAUCUGGGUCCAUGAAUGCCAGUAACCAGACAGAGGUGGAGUUUUCGUCUAUAAAGGAUGAAUUUGUGAUUGCAGAGGACUUAUCAGGUCAAAAUGCAACUGCAUUGGGGACCGGAAGUUACUAUGGCCAUAGUCCAGGAUAUUACGGUCAGCAUAUUGCCUCUAAUCCCAAACCAACAAACAAGUUUUUUCAGUGCAAGUUCUGCGUACGCUACUUCAGGUCAAAAAACCUCCUCAUUGAACACACUAGGAAGGUCCACGGAGCUCAAGCUGAAGGGAGUUCGGCGGGACCCCCUGUUCCAGGAUCCUUAAAUUAUAAUAUCAUGAUGCACGAGGGAUUCGGAAAGGUCUUCUCUUGCCAGUUUUGCACAUACAAGUCACCAAGGAGGGCAAGGAUAAUUAAGCAUCAGAAGAUGUAUCACAAAAACAAUUUGAAGGAGACCACUGCUCCUCCCCCUGACCCUGCUCCGAUGCCAGACCCAGUGGUCCCACCCGUGUCCCUGCAGGACCCCUGCAAGGAGCUGCCAGCGGAGGUCGUGGAGCGCAGCAUCCUAGAAUCUAUGGUCAAGCCUCUGACCAAGUCUCGAGGCAACUUUUGCUGUGAGUGGUGCAGCUAUCAGACCCCCCGCCGGGAACGCUGGUGUGACCACAUGAUGAAGAAACACCGCAGCAUGGUCAAGAUCCUGUCCAGUCUCAGGCAGCAGCAAGAAGGGACUAAUCUGCCUGAUGUGCCGAACAAGAGCGCCCCCAGCCCCACUUCUAACUCCACCUACCUGUCUAUGAAUGCUGCCAGCCGGGAGCUACCCAACACUAACGUCUCCACCUUCAGGGGCUCCAUCGGCAACUCCAUCAUGAGACCCAAUUCUUCUUCCGCUUCCAAGUUUUCGCCCAUGUCUUACCCUCAGAUGAAGCCGAAGUCACCUCACAAUUCUGGCCUCGUCAACUUGGCGGAGAGAUCCCGUUACGGAAUGACCGACAUGACCAAUUCUUCUGCCGACCUGGAAACUAACAGCAUGCUGAAUGACUCUAGUUCCGAGGAAGAGUUAAAUGAAAUCGACAGUGAGAAUGGCUUAACUGCUCUGGAUCACCAGACAGCAGGCAUGUCCGCGGAGCAGCUGAUGGGCUCCGAGGGCAACAAAUUAUUGGAGACCAAGGGGAUCCCAUUCAGAAGAUUCAUGAAUAGGUUCCAGUGCCCCUUUUGUCCCUUCCUCACCAUGCAUCGACGUAGCAUCUCCCGUCACAUAGAAAACAUCCACUUAUCCGGAAAGACAGCCGUCUACAAAUGUGAUGAAUGUCCAUUUACUUGCAAGAGCUCGUUAAAACUUGGGGCUCACAAACAGUGUCACACGGGUACGACGUCAGACUGGGAUGCUGUGAAUUCCCAGAGUGAAAGCAUGGCUUCCCCGCUGCACGAAGGUGUCGUGUCUUACGAGAGCUCAAGCAUCAAUGGCAGAAAGUCGGGGGUCGUGCUGGAGCCCCUGCAGCAGCAACAGCCGCCCCCGCCGCCGCCGCCCCCGCCCCCGCCUCCGUCACAGCCUCAGCCGCCGCAGCUACAGCCGCCCCAUCAGGUGCCGCCCCCGCCCCCGCCGCCCGCGCAGGCCCCGCCCCUGCACCCCUACAAGUGCACCAUGUGUAAUUAUUCCACCACGACUCUGAAAGGGCUGAGGGUUCAUCAGCAGCACAAACACUCCUUCUGCGAUAACUUGCCAAAAUUCGAGGGGCAGCCCUCCAGCCUGCCAGCGGACAGCGAGACAGACAGCCACCCCUCUUCCAGCAACACUGUGAAGAAAAGUCAGACCUCAAUUCUUGGGUUGUCCUCCAAGAACAAUUUUGUAGCUAAGGCCUCUAGGAAACUCGCUAAUGACUUUCCUCUCGACUUAUCGCCCGUGAAGAAGAGGACCCGGAUUGACGAGAUAGCAAGCAACCUGCAGAGCAGAAUUAACCAAACCAAACAGCAGGAAGAUGCAGUGAUCAACGUGGAGGAUGACGAGGAGGAAGAGGAAGACAACGAAGUGGAGAUCGAGGUGGAGCUGGACCGGGAAGAAGAGCCGCCAGAGCCCGUCCUGGAGGUGCCCACGUCCUUCUCAGCGCAGCAGAUCUGGGCGAGAGAUGUCCCUGAGCCCCAGAAGGAGCCCAACUUCAGAACUGUCGCCCACGAUUACAAUGCCACCAACGGGGCUGAGAUAGAGCUCACCCUUUCUGAAGAUGAAGAGGAUUAUUACGGCUCCUCCACGAACAUGAAAGAUCACCAGGUUUCCAGCGCUACUCUGCUCAACACCCAGACUCCUAUCUACGGAACUGAGCACGGUAAUGAAAACGUGGACUUUAGUGACUCGGGAAGGCUUUAUUAUUGCAAACACUGUGACUUUAACAACAAAUCUGCCCGGAGCGUCAGCACCCACUACCAGCGCAUGCACCCGUACAUUAAAUUCAGCUUCAGGUACAUCUUGGACCCCAACGAUCACAGCGCAGUGUACAGGUGCCUGGAAUGCUACAUCGAUUACACCAACUUCGAAGACCUGCAGCAGCAUUACGGCGAACACCACCCAGAAGCCAUGAACGUCCUCAACUUCGACCACUCGGACCUGAUCUACCGGUGUCGGUUUUGUUCCUACACGAGCCCCAACGUCCGAAGCCUGAUGCCGCAUUACCAGAGAAUGCAUCCCACCGUUAAGAUUAACAAUGCGAUGAUAUUUUCGAGCUACGUGGUGGAGCAGCAGGAGGGGCCGAACACGGAGUCCCAGACACUGAGGGAGAUCCUGAAUUCGGCUCCCAAGAACAUGGCCGCGUCCGCUGCCGUGGCCCGUGGCGGCGGGGUGCCGUCUCCGUUCCCUAAAAACACCCCUUCCAAGACCUUUCCUCCAGAAUGUGAAAAUCAGAAGGACCCCUCGGUCAGCACCGUUGUCGUGUACGAUUGUGACGUUUGCUCCUUCGCGAGCCCCAACAUGCACUCUGUGUUGGUUCAUUAUCAGAAGAAACAUCCGGAAGAAAAGGCCUCCUACUUUAGGAUCCAGAAAACCAUGCGAAUGGUGUCUGUGGACAGGGGCUCUGCCCUUUCUCGGUUGUCAUUUGAGGUGGGUGCUCCAGUGUCUCCCAAAAUAUCCGCCAUGGGUUCCCCACCCCCCCCACCGCCCCCGCCACCAGACCUCGGUACCGAGCUUUACUACUGCAAACACUGCUCCUACAGCAAUCGGUCAGUUGUGGGAGUCCUUGUCCACUACCAGAAAAGACACCCAGAGAUAAAGGUUACCGCCAAAUAUAUCAGACAGGCUCCUCCCACAGCCGCAAUGACGCGAGGGGCCGAUGGGCCCCAAGGCUCCCCCCGGGCACCGGCCCCCAGGCAGCAGCUCAGCCGGAGCGGCUCCGAGAGAGACGGCCCUCCCGCGGAGAGUGAGAUGUUCUUCUGCCAGCACUGUGAUUACGGGAACCGCACAGUCAAAGGUGUCCUCAUCCAUUAUCAGAAGAAGCACCGAGACUUCAAGGCCAAUGCGGACGUGAUCCGGCAGCACACGGCCACCAUCCGAAGCCUCUGCGACCGUAACCAGAAGAAGCCUGCCGGUUGCGUGCUGGUCCCCCCUUCGACCGUGGAGCGGGACAGAACGAAACUCCGGGCGCUCAAGUGUCGGCAGUGCUCGUACACCUCCCCCUACUUUUAUGCACUGAGGAAGCAUAUCAAGAAAGACCACCCUGCCCUGAAGGCCACAGUCACGUCCAUCAUGCGGUGGGCAUUUCUAGAUGGCUUGAUAGAAGCUGGCUACCACUGCGAGUGGUGCAUUUAUUCCCACACAGAUCCCAACGGUUUGCUCCUCCAUUACCAGAGGAGGCACCCCGAGCAUUACGUUGAUUAUACGUACAUGGCCACCAAGCUCUGGGCUGGGCCAGACCCAUCCCCUCCCUCUCUCACGAUGCCAGCUGAAGCCAAAACGUACAGAUGCCGAGACUGUGUUUUUGAGGCCGUCUCCAUCUGGGACAUCACCAAUCACUACCAAGCGUUCCACCCCUGGGCCAUGAAUGGGGACGAGUCCGUGCUGCUGGAUAUCAUCAAGGAGAAAGAUGCUGUCGAGAAUCCCAUCCCUCCACCUGAAGAGCUCGUGGGCCCUGUGAAUUGUGAAAACAGUAUGCCUGCCCCGCUCCCCGAGCAGGAAGCUGAAUGCCCCGAGGAUGCCAGGCUUUCCCCAGAGAAGAGCCUCCAGCUAGCGUCAGCCAACCCCGCCAUCUCCUCUACCCCGUACCAGUGCACCGUGUGCCAGUCUGAGUAUAACAACCUGCACGGCCUUCUGACCCAUUAUGGGAAGAAGCACCCAGGCAUGAAAGUGAAGGCUGCUGACUUUGCCCAGGAUAUCGACAUCAACCCGGGCGCCGUCUACAAGUGCAGGCAUUGCCCCUACAUCAACACCCGCAUCCACGGUGUCCUGACCCACUACCAGAAGCGACACCCGUCCAUCAAGGUGACUGCCGAGGACUUCGUGCACGACGUGGAGCAGUCCGCCGACAUAGCCCAGAACGACGUGGAGGAGACGAGCAGGAUCUUCAAGCAAGGAUACGGCGCCUACCGCUGCAAACUGUGUCCCUACACGCACGGCACUUUGGAGAAGCUCAAAAUCCACUAUGAGAAGUAUCACAACCAGCCUGAAUUCGAUGUCUUUUCCCAGUCUCCCCCGAAGCUGCCCGUGACCCUCGAGCCCGAGAUAACCACGGAAGUGAGCCCCUCCCAAGUCUCCGCGACCGAGGACGAGGUGGGGGAGGAGCCCGUGUCCACGUCUCACUUCGCUACCUCGCACCUGGUGUCCCACACUGUGUUCCGGUGCCAGCUCUGCAAGUACUUUUGCUCCACGCGGAAGGGCAUAGCCCGGCACUACCGCAUCAAGCACAACAACGUGCGCGCCCAGCCUGAGGGCAAGAACAACCUCUUCAAGUGCGCCCUGUGUGCCUACACCAACCCCAUCCGCAAAGGGCUGGCCGCCCACUACCAGAAGCGCCACGACAUCGACGCCUACUACACCCACUGCCUGGCGGCCUCCAGGACCAUCAGCGACAAGCCCAACAAGGUGAUCAUCCCGUCGCCGCCCAAGGAUGACUCCCCGCAGCUCAGUGAGGAGCUCCGGCGCGCCGUGGAGAAGAAGAAGUGCUCUCUGUGCCCCUUCCAGUCCUUCAGCAAGAAGGGCAUCGUGUCCCACUACAUGAAGCGCCACCCGGGGGUGUUCCCCAAGAAGCAGCACGCCAGCAAGUUGGGGGGCUACUUCACCGCUGUCUACGCCGACGAGCACGAGAAGCCGGUGCUGAUGGAAGAGGAGGAGAGAGGCGGCUUCGAGAAAGCCGAGGUGGAGGGGAGCGAAGGGCAGGAAAUCGAGUGGCUCCCGUUCCGCUGCAUCAAGUGCUUCAAGCUGUCCUUCAGCACGGCGGAGCUGCUGUGCAUGCAUUACACGGACCACCACAGCCGGGACCUCAAGAGGGACUUCGUCAUCCUGGGUAGCGGCCCCCGCCCGCAGAGCUCCGCCUACCAGUGCAAGCACUGCGAUAGCAAACUGCAAAGCACGGCGGAGCUGACCUCACACUUGAACAUUCACAAUGAGGAAUUCCAGAAGCGUGCCAAACGUCAGGAGAGGAGGAAACAGCUUUUGAGCAAGCAGAAAUAUGCAGAUGGUGCUUUUGCAGAUUUCAAACAAGAGAGGCCUUUUGGUCACUUAGAAGAGGUGCCAAAGAUCAAGGAGAGGAAGGUGGUGGGCUACAAAUGUAAAUUCUGUGUGGAAGUGCAUCCGACGCUCCGGGCCAUCUGCAACCACCUGCGCAAGCACGUCCAGUACGGCAGUGUCCCGGCCGUGUCAGCCGCCGUGAAGCAGGAGGCUGAAGACCCUUCCCACUUGUUCCUGGAUGGACCGGAAGCAGCCAAAGAUGCCAGUGGCGCCCUGGUGGACCGGGUGGAUGGUGAACACUGCUUGCUUGAUGGAAUGUUGGAGGAUGAAACCCGGCCGGGGGGAUACCAUUGUAGUCAAUGUGACAGAGUCCUGAUGUCCAUGCAGGGGCUGCGUUCUCAUGAGAGGAGCCAUCUGGCCCUGGCCAUGUUUACCCGCGAGGACAAGUACAGCUGCCAGUAUUGCUCCUUUGUUUCUGCUUUCAGGCACAAUUUGGAUCGCCAUAUGCAAACCCACCACGGACACCAUAAACCAUUCCGAUGCAAACUCUGCUCCUUCAAGUCCUCCUACAACAGCCGGCUGAAGACACACAUCCUCAAAGCUCAUGCUGGUGAGCAUGCCUACAAGUGUUGUUGGUGUUCCUUUUCCACCAUGACAAUCAGCCAGCUGAAGGAACACUCCCUCAAGGUCCACGGAAAAGCCCUGACCCUCCCCCGGCCGAGGAUUACCAGUCUCCUCUCCUCGCACGCCCACCACUCCUCCUCCCAAAAAGCCACCCCGGCCGAAGAAGUGGAAGAUUCCAAUGAAGAGCGCGUUGUCCCCAUUGAAGUAUGCCGAUCCAAACUGUCAAAAUACUUGCAGGGAGUAGUUUUCCGCUGUGAUAAGUGUACCUUCACCUGCUCCAGUGACGAGAGCCUCCAGCAACACAUAGAAAAGCACAAUGAACUGAAACCUUACAAAUGCCAGCUCUGCUACUAUGAGACCAAGCACACGGAGGAACUGGACAGCCACCUUCGGGACGAGCAUAAGGUAAGCCGUAACUUUGAGCUGGUUGGACGAGUUAACUUGGAUCAGCUGGAACAGAUGAAGGGGAAGAUAGAGAGCUCCAGCAGUGAUGAGGAGGACAAGGAAGAAGAAAUGAACAGCAAGGCUGAUGACAGAGAUCUGAUGAGAUUUUCUGACCGCGGGGCUGCUAUCAACACUGAGAAGCGUUUUCCAUGUGAAUUUUGCGGACGGGCGUUUUCCCAGGGCUCUGAGUGGGAAAGGCACGUGCUGAGACACGGCAUGGCGUUGAAUGACACCAAGCAGGUGAGCCGAGAAGAAAUCCACCUGAAAGAUAGCAUGGAGGACAGUAUUAAGGUGCCCUCUAUAGAGGAAAAGGAAGAUGACGAAGCAAUCGGGAUAGACUUUUCACUAAAGAAUGAACCAGUAGCCAUCUGUGUAGUAGCUGCUGACAAAUCUCUCCUGGAGAAUGCAGAGGCCAAAAAAGAAUAAGCGUUUGGUGAAAUUCUUAAUCACCUCUUACUUGAACCGUGAUGAAAAAAAGUGGGAGGGCCAGCUUGGGCUGAGAAGGGGGGGACAGAAAAGAGAAGACAGAACAAAGCUGCUUUUUAGGACUGAACAAUCUAUUUUCAAAGCACUGGUACCUGUGUGAGUGAGUAUGUAAAUUAAAGUUAUUUAAAUGGUUGGAAUAUGUGGCUCCUUUUCCAUCACUACAUCUUUCCUUCCGGAUCUUCAUCGUGGAAGUUUCAGUUGUUGCGGAAUACGAAGCACCUCCCUUGCACAUGUGUGCGCUAUGGUGGUCUUGGACAGUAUGUGGAAACAGAAGCUCCGUGACAGUAGAAGACUUCUCUUAGGGGAACAACUUUUUGACGCACAACUUUUGGUGCGUUUUUCUAGUUUUAAUACGUUAAGCUUUUUCAAGACCUAACUGCAGCCGCUUUGGGAAAAAACAAACAAAAAAAAACACAAAAAACAAAAACAAAACAAAAAAACUGCUUUGCAUAAAACAGUCACCUGUUUCCUAGUACCUCAAACUUAACCAAGGGAAUUCUCUGCAUUUGUCAGUACUACCUGUCGUCAUUGUGGUUAAAUGUAGAGAGAACUGCUGGGCAAGAUGGUGAAUGGAGAAAAAAAAAAAGAGUUUUAAAGAAAGGAACACAAAUUGUGCUUAAAAUCCCCACGUGGGUUUUAUUUCUUAAAAUACUGUGAUUUUUUUAAUUAUUUUAGUAAAAAACAAAACAAAAAAAAGAAACAGACUUUAAUUAUUAGAUAAAUGUUUGUGAAUUGUCAUCCUUUAUUCCAGGUAAGCUGUUUAUUAGUGUUCAGCUAUAAUUUAGAAUUUGGUAGAUUUCAUGUGACCUAAUUUUAAGGUGACUGUGGAGUUUUGUUUGCCACACGUUUAUCUUCUAUCAAUUUGAGUGUUACAAACACAGCACAAUUCAGUUUUUCAUAUAAAUUGUUUUUUUUGUGUGUGUGUUGUUGUUUUGAUUUGGGGGCAAGGGAGAUUUAGUUUUUUGUGAAUAGGAACGUUUUUAUUUUAAACAUGGAAAUAACAAAGAAGUUAACUUUCUUUUU